CACACACACACACACACACACACACACACACACACACACCGGUCUCUGUCAGAUGUGCAGACAGGCAGCAGCACAGACAGGAUGAGUCUCAGAAGACGACCACCUCGUACAUGAUUAGAUGGAAAUGUGGCGGAAACAGCCUACUCUCAUGCUUUUUGCAGCGGCAUUAGCAUCAGCUCAGUAUUCUGUGAUUCUGGAUCAAACACCGAGACAAGAAUAUGUUCCUCUUGGUUCCUCUCUCAUUUUGAGGUGCCGUUUAAUGAUACCUCAGUAUCAGAAGUUACGGGUGACUUUUUACCACUAUUCAAAAAAUAUCUCUGACAAGGUUUACAAUCACUCCUCCAACAUAUCAAUUACUGAGAAAAUAGCAUUUGAGAAGACAUACACUUUAUCAAAUGUUACAUAUGAGGAUGCUGGAUGGUACUGUUGUAAAGUCACAACAGAGAUUCCGUCGUAUAAAGUUGUAGACAGCAGUCGAACGCAAGUAAAUAUCACCACAAAGAACUUAGUGGAAAAUGCAGCGUACCCACCAGUAGUGACUAGUACACAAGCUGAACUACCAAAAGGUGAAGCAGCGUCUGUCCCUUGGUGGAUGUGGAUCAUAGUGGGAGCGUCAGCCUUCGCCCUGCUGCUCUUGCUGGUCAUUUGCAUCUUGCUGAGAAGGAGAUGCCAUAAACGCAGAGCAACUCACUCAUGCAGAUGGAAAGAAGAAGUAGGAAGAAGAAGUGAGAGUAGUAGGUCAACCUGUGGCGACUACUUCACAGGAGCAGCUUCCUAAUCACAAAAGAAAUCAUUCUAAAAAGAUCCAGAUCCCAUCUAUAUAAACACUCGUCCUAUGGUCAACAAGCAGCCUUCGCCCAGACCUGACAACCUGAAGGCUGCCGUCUCCCAGCAGCUCCGGACCCCGAGUCCUGGCAGGAGAUACGAGCAGAGCAACCGCAAGCACCGACGUUAAAACAACGGACUUUUUUUAGUUGUAGCCUAUAAUCAGAAUGCUGUUGAUUUCUUUCUGUACAUUUCGGGACUUUCUUCAUACUGUAAGUGGGACAGCCGCCGUCUUACACCGAUCAGACCCGGGUCAGCAGGGGAGCUGCUUGUUCAGAGCCCUUUGUUCGUGCAGGGUCGUGCUGACCUCUGACCUCUGCCUCAAUCGAUAAUGGCAGGACUUUUUAGGUACCUAAAUUAAAUAAUUUAUUGCUUUUAUUAUUUGCCGCUAGAUGGCGGGCGGCGCAUGCGGUGAUGCACAUUUCACCAUAAAUCACCUUUUCUAUUAUUUUGUGUGUCUCAGCAAAUUAUUGCAUCUGAAUAGAAGUAGCAGUUGUAAAUAAGAGAAUGUAACAAAUUGCUUUUUUAACUAUGUGUUAUGCAGUGAUGGAACUAAAUUGUUGAUAUGAAAUAAAUAAAGGUUAUCUUAAU